AUGUGGACCGAUCUAGCGGUUGCCACAGACUCUAUCCCAGAGACUAUCUAGAUCUUGCCCAAAUUCAGGACUAACCGUUCUGGCGUGGCAAUUCUACUUGGUGUUCCAUCUGUCAAACUGCUGGGCCAGACAAGUCCACCAGUCCCAAAGAGGCUUAGCUCUAUUUUGCCCUCGAGAAUCGUAGGUGAAAAAAAAAGAACCCCACCAAAAGUUGGAACGGGCGCCACUAAAAACUUCUAUUUUACCCCUCUUUGGGUUCUUUUCCAGCUACUGUUUUCUUCUCUUCCUUCUCCUUCUCUUGAUCUGUCCAGCCGUGUGCCAUUCUUCUCUAUCUUCAUCCUUUCUUCUUUCGUUGUGAAGCCUUUCUCUCAUCACAUAAUUCAAAAUGAUCAUUUACAAGGAUAUCGUCUCUGGAGACGAGGUUCUCUCUGACAACUUCAAGAUCAAGGAGGUCGACGGUGUCCUCUACGAGUGCGACUGCCGCAAGUACCUCAAGCGGAAGAACGAGGACGUCCAGCUUGAGGGUGCCAACCCCUCCGCUGAGGGUGGUGAUGACGAUGCCGGUGGUGAGGGUGAGGAGGUCAUGGUUCACGACAUUGAGGAUCAGUUCCGUCUCGUUUGGCUGAAGACCGAGGAGGGCAUGAAGCCUUCCAAGGAUGCCUUCAAGAGCCACCUGAAAGUCUACAUGAAGAAGGUUCUUACCAAGCUUCAGGAGAAGGGUGCUCCCGCGGAGGAGAUCGAGGCUUUCAAGAAGGGUGCCCCCGGCGCCGUCAAGAAGAUCCUUGCCAACUAUGACAACUACGAUGUACUUAUGGGCCACUCCAUGGACGGUGAUGCUAUGCACGUCCUGAUUGACUUCCGUGAGGACGGUGUCACCCCCUAUGCCACUCUCUGGAAGCACGGUCUCGAGGAGAUGAAGGUUUAAAUGUUCUGCAGUUAUGAAGAAUCUCAUGAUCCAAAAUUAGGGAAUUGGAGUCCGCGGUUGUUUCUAAUUCAAGCAUACUGAUGAGAUUGAGUGCUAUUUGCCUGAUCUCUGAAGUUUAUACCACGCAUCCAGCUAUCUUUCUGUUAUAGCUCCUCUACACCGCAUCUUCCAUAUCCUUCCAAUAUAGUUACGCCUCAUGAAUCCCAUAUCUGUUAUGUCCUAUCCGCCUAUUGGGUACUUGAAAAUAGAAUUAUAUCUCUAUCCUUUAGC